UUGUGAACAGCGCAAAGUUAAACAACAUGAUGUGAAGAUCUGUGUUUUUUUAGCCAAUUGUUUGCACACAUGCACAGUGUUUGCGAGAGGAAACAAUACAUCCACAUCUGCUCUGCAAAACGGCUGUUUUCUUUUUUUUUAGAUUUUAGGAAACUUUGAGCGCCUUUUCCGGUUAAACGCAUAGCAUAUGUUUUGUUUUGCUGCACCCAAAGUGACAAGUAAUGUGAAUACUUUAGCCACAAGAGUUCCGGUGAUCAUUAUUGCGCCAAUUACCGCAUAUCGCCUUUACCGAGACACUUGAUAGUCGAUGAUAGGAUCACGUUGCCUUUCAGGCGCUUGAAUGCGCAGCCGCUGCACGCGGUGGAGGAACAUAAAGUGUACCGGGAGUUUGGUUACAACGGAGAGAGGAUGGUGGCAGAGAUGGCGAGCUGCGGAGCGGCUUGUCACCUGGAGGACGGACACAGGCCGACGCCCUCACGCAGGAUUCUGUUCUCAUAUGUUGUGGGAGGAAGAUAGAAACAAGCGAGAGCGGAGAAAGCCUCAGAAGUCAUGCACCCGGUUUGUUCAUUGUCUGUAAACAUUUGAAUGACGAAAAUGCAAACCUUGCUCAGAGGAAGAGAUAUUACCGUGGCAACUAAUGUGCCUCUGUGUUGUUGAGGUGCGACUGACUGUUUGGCAGAGCGAGUUGACCUUGAAGAGGAGAAAACAGUCUUUCCUGGACAGAUGUUUAACAACGAAGCAAACCACUGGGCCUUAUCAGGAUUAACAGACGGCAAAUAAAAGACCACACUUUGGUCAGCGUUAAUAACCCGAAUCUCUUGAUGCAUCAUUUUACUUAUGAUCACCCAGUUCUGUAUUUAUACAACUGAGGGAGUGAAACAGGGACACACACGGGGCAAUAUAUGACCUACUUUUUUACGCCUGCUGGUGGUGAACUCGUUGCUCUUGUCGGGUUGGCUCUCUGUCUUUUCCCCACCGGCGGAUCUCAGGUGUGUUGCGUCUUGUUGAAGCUCAGACUGCGUCAACAGGUUGCACCAGUUCAGAAACACCAUCUGAACCAUUGCACUUGGACUUGGCUCACUGUUUGUUUGAUAUACUACCUUCCUGGAUAGUCGAGCUCAUGUCAAAAAGAUUUCGAGAGCUAAAUAUUCAGGAGGAACUGGUAUUGAUGUCUGCUGUGCAGGGCUGGGUGAUGUGGUUGAAAUUAGUGUUGAAGCGCUUUGAGUGGUCAUAGGACUAGAAAAGCGCUGUACGGGUACAAGUCCAUUUAAUGUCACGUUGUUGAUACGAUUUAUGAAUACAGAUAUGGCAGAUGUUUGCAAAAUUGCAUGCAAUAAAAUGUGUCCAAAGUCUUUACAUGCUUUCACGUGUGCAUAACAAAACUUUCAAUUACCAAUUUUGUUAGUUUUUAAUUACAAUGUGCUUGGAAUUAUUGAACAACCAUAUGAUCCUAUCAUCACAAUAUGACACCACUGGUAUUACACAAAGGAAUACAUUGAAUAUAACCCAUCCAAUCCCCUUGUUGUGUCUGAGUUAUGAAAUAUGAAAAAGUGUCCAAAACAGUUUAGUUUAAUGGCAAAUGAACCCGCCAGUAUCUUUCCAUGCCUGACUUCCUGUGCUAUUUACACUGCCCUUGGGUUUGGGUGGAAAGUUGAAUUCAACAGGAUUGGGUUGGUGUCAGAUGUGUGAAAAAGUGAGAUGCAGGCCAUCUGUACACAUUUCCUGUUUUUCUGCAAUCGACUGCCUGUGUUCCUAUUCGAAAGCAGAAGUGGUGAACUACAAGAGCAUGCAAGGCACUUUCAACCUCUAAACCGCCCCGUACUUGUCAUCACACCUCCCAGACGUCCCUGUCAUGAGUGUAAUUUGAAGUGGUCUGACUGUUAUCUCCUGUGCCCCACAGAGACGGAGAUAUCCCUGCACUUGAAAACAAAGGUAAACAUCGACCCAUUUUCAUUCUUUCCCUCCCUCUCACUCUUCUCUAUCUCACUUCACUUUGUCACAGAGCACACGUAGGGCUUCAUGUUUUGUUUACAGCUAUGUCUGUCCUCUGGCUUCUUUUUAAAAGGCGUGCAUCCCCAACUAUUAUUCGUCACUGCUUUUGUUGUCCUUCUUUUCUUUAACCCUUCCCACCUUUCUCUCGUCUGACAGUUUGGCCUCCCUGAUUUCAAUAUAAUUUGCCUUAAAGGGCCGCAGGACUUAUGCACAGUCAUAUAUGAUCACUUAUGUCCCUAGUUUUGCAUUUGCUAUUUUUAAUACUGCACACCAAUACACAAAAUGUUUUCCUUAUCACUAACGUUUGCCUUUUUUAGCCUGUGAGUUACCAAAUUUAUCAAGUUUUUAUCUCUUCAGGCGUCAAAAAGAAUAUUCAAAUUCAAUUGGAUAAAAUCGACCUGGUAAUAAUAGACUUUUUCUCUCCUGAUACUGUUUAUAAUACCCCAACUCAAUACAUAUUACCGAUCCAAUAUGACUGCUCUAUUUUUAAAACUUGCAUAAUUUUUAUCUAACUUAACACGAGCCAAGAAAUGCAUGUGGUGCUUAGCAUUAUGUCGGUGGCCCUCUGUGUCUUAAUGAAUUUAACUUAAUUGUUUUAAUCACACACACCUUUUUUAUGCCCUUGGUUGUGCUAUUUUAACAUUCUUUUUUAGACCAGCAGAUGGCAGGCAAUACCCAUGAAACUAUCCAAACCUUUGAGGCCGUAAACAAGUGUGUGUGUGUUUGUGUGUUUGGACAUGCAUGUGUAUCUGUGCGGGUGUUUUAUCUCCACCUUGUUUGUCAGUCUGAUGAAGGGAAGCGGCCAUGCCAGAGUGAAGAGGGAUGCCUGCUGGCUCAGAUGAGACAGCAGCGGCAGAGAAAGAGAUUGGCCAUAGGAGGCAUAUGAGGACAAGCAGAGAGAAAUGGAGGCGGGAGAGUGCAGAGAGAGGUGAAGCAGACAGAUCGGGCUUAGCGGAGGAGAGAGAGAUUGAUGAGGGAGGUGUUGUGAGUGGAGCAGUGAUGGCAGAAUCUGCUUGUUAGUCUAAGAUAAAACUCUGUGGGCCAGAGAGGAUGGGCUCCAUCCAUUAGCCAGCCAGGCACUCAGCCAGAUGGCCCGGUCCAUGGACAUUCACUGCUGCUGGGAAGAGAAGAAGCAGCAGCUCCUCUGGACCCAUCUGUAUGAAUGUGCCAGAAUGUUAAUGUAUGGCACUUAUCACUGGCUUCUUCACAGGGUGCCAGCGUUCAGCUGCUAAGGAGUGAUGCAUAUGUAAAAGCAGGGGGUGUAAGUCAGACAUGCUGAGAGGCUUUUUUGACGAGUAAUAUGGAUGAAAAAACAAAGUAAACUGCAAGUAGAGGUCUCUCACUGGGGCCGCGCCUGUUAAAAGAAGAGCCCCAGUGACAAAAUGUAAAACUCUUUACACAUUUCUCACACUUCAGUCUAUCUAUUAUUAUCUCCUUUAUGUAAGGACAGUUUAUAUGUUGUGAGUGUUGAGUUUAGCAACAGGGCAUGUAGCCGCACCCGAGGUUUCCUCUGCGUGAGACGGUAAAGAUGCAGAAUAUAUUUACAAAACAGUUUUACAGUACUAUAUUAGAUCGUAGAAUAUGGCUAGUGGCGUUACAUAUUAUUGGGUGUUGUUUGUUUCUGUUUUUACUGCAGAGUUAUGUUUCCUGUUCAGGUGAAAUUGACACGAGACACUUUACUGCUGAGCAAUGUAAUAACGACAGAAUGAUGAGGAUGUUUAUGAUGCUAGCAAAACUUUAAAAGUGGUGAUGAUGAUAUGGUUAACAAGACAUUUUGAGAAUGAUGUAGUAAUAGUAAUUACCAAUAAGAUGGGAUAUACAAUGACUUUUCAUCACAUUUUGACAUCAUUGCAUCAGCUUUUACAGACCAAACAGCACUAACCUCAAAACAAUUACUAAUCUGUUACAGAUAACCUGACAGAAAGUGACAGCAGCUCAGGUAAGCACAAAUAUCACACCACAACAGUUUAACUCAUUUGUUUUUCCCACAACUCAUACCAAAACAUGUUCAUCUGCAGAAAACCUCAUUUAAUCUGACAUUUAAUUCCUUUUUUUAUAUACAAAGUGUUUUUUUUUCUCUUCACAUUUAACCUUUGCGGCAUGAAUCGAGCAUACAUUGGAAAUUCAGUGCAAAAUUGUCAGCUCAUUGCUAUGUCCUUUACAAAUUGAUUCAUCAAACAGAAAACACCGGGACAUCCGCUGAAGAGAGCUCGGAGGAGGAAGAUGAAGAGGAGGAGGAGGAGGAUUCUGGUGAGAGACACACUUUGAACUACCUUAACGGAAGGUUUUUGUGAAAUUUGCUCAAUCACUUAUAUCACGCUCAUGUCUGUAUGUUAAAUAUGAAACUGCAGCCAGGAGACAGAUAGCUCUGCUCAGGUGGUAGCUUCAUAUUCACCAGACAGACAUUAGAGUGCUGGUCUUCACAUCCAUCUCAGCAAGAAAGUGAAUAAGCGUUAUUUUUCAAAAUGUCAAAUCAUUUUUUAAAUGUAUUUACACAUUUUUUUUGUCCGGGAUGAUGGGAAAAACAUAGUAACAGCUGACAAUAACAUGGUACAAAUGUGUUGGUGUGGGAUUUCAAACCAUGGCUAAUUUGUGACUCCUGUCCCUGGUUAGGCUUCUCUGCUUAAAAAAGAUGUGACAUAAUUAAAUAAAACUUUCAUAUUUACAUCACAUUACAAUCAUUUUACAUCUGUUCCAUAUGUUUAUGUGUGCACGUGAGUUUGCUCCCUAAUUCAUGGCAACAUGCAUGCAUGUAGUCUUUAUGGGUAUGUAUGUGUACCUUGUGCCUUGUGUAUGUGUGCCUGAUCAUAUUCCUUUCAUUUCCCUGUUUCUCAACCUUCUGUCCCGUAUUUUGACUUUCAGCAGAAGGCUGUGCUGAGAAGGAUGGAGGAGAGGAAGGUAAGAACCAACACCGUAUAAUCAAUCCAUGAAAAAUGUUUGUCACCCAAGGAUUUUACAAGAUAAAGAGUGAAUGGGGAUACAUUUUUAUCUCCUUUAUGUUCUGUGCAGAAAAUGAAGCGGCUGAUGCAGAGGAGUCUAAAAAGGGUGCGACACUACAAAAUAUUAAGAUCUCAUUACUAUUAUUUCACCCUCUAGAUUCAGUCUCUGGAUGCAAAGCAGAUUUUUCCAAUGGGAAGGACGUCCUGACAAAUGAGAGGCAGUUCAUAAUAUGCUGUGAAAAAUGCAAAGCCAUCCAGCAGAGCCACGGCAAUGAGCUUGUUACCCCCAGGAGGAUCUCUAAGGGACGAUUACAGGUGCAGCUUGAAGGGGAGGGCACAUACCAGUGUUCAGUCACUGGCCUGGUGUUUGAAGCAUCGGAGCCGGUCCUAGUGCGGUACUCAGUCUUGUCCUGGUCCAAGUUUGGUGGCUUCCUCCGGGACUCCUGGAAAUUUGCUGGACCCAUCUUUAACGUGGACACAGUCAAUAAGGACGCUUCUGUCCUCACGUCCAUUCAGUUCCCUCACUCCAUCUGCCUUGCCGAUCCAGAAAAUGAGAUGACAUUCAGUGUCCUGCACAUAAAGGACAACCGUUCACUCAUCGAGCCGACAGUGGACCACUCGGGUAGCCACGUUAAGUGGAAUGUGACGUCCCUUUCACCCGUGGGUCCCAUCAUUCAGACCAGCCAAUCUGUAGAGCACCACGGCGUGGUCCUGGUCUACAAGCAGCUGUGCAGUGACAACAACAACAACAACUACAGCUUCCACAUCUACCUGGCCACCAACAGCUCAUCUGACAUCAAGGAUAUUGGCAAACAGGUGCGGGGCUACAAGAAUCGCUACAUUCGGAUAGAGAAGCCUCCCACAUGUAAACUGGAUGAGGGGACGUAUCGUCUCCUGUGCGAGCCAGAGGGCGAGAUCAAACCUCAGGAUUUGAAAUUCACCCUUGCUGUGAUCAAGAUGAAAGGCUACUUUGAAGCUUUCUUUGAGCAGCCUCCUCCCUUUAAAUUGUCUCUCAUAGAGAUUAACACUGAGGAGACCGUAUGGUCCGGCACCAUCAGAGAAGGUGACUGUGUGGAUAACACAGAAAAGAAGCCAAGGAAAAGGACAAACAGCAGACAGAGGAGCAGCAGCCCCUCAGAGGAAGAGACGGCCUGUAAAAGGCCUCGGUUUCAGGAAGAGUCAGAUGGAGUGAAAACAGGGAUGACUCUGGACCAGGACAUGUCAGAGAAGCAGCUACUGCAAUUGGCCAAGCGGCUCGGGAAGGAGUGGAAGCAGGUGGCCAUCAUUUUAGACUUGAAUUCCAGCGAGCUUGAUGACAUCCAGGCAGCAGAGAAAGAUGUGACCAUGCAGAAGCUGAAGAUGCUGGUGCUGUGGAAGAGCAGAAGGCUGCCGGGAGAGGCCACGGCGUACCAGCUGGGGAAAUGUUUGAAGGAACUGGAUGACUUGCCAACUGAGGUCCAUCAAACACUGAAAGACAUGGUGAACAAUCGAGCAGCUAAGUGAAAGAGAUUUGACUCAAAUGGACUGUUGAAUUUUUUUUGCUCCAUCAUCAGGAAGAAAAACCUCAGGAAUACAACAAAGCAGACAAAACAUUAGUUCUUCCAAGUUUGUGUUUCUCUUUUGAAUAUUUUCUGGAAAUUUAACUGAUUGAUGGGUUUUUGUAUUGCCGCAUUUCAUGAAGAGGGACACUUUCUUAACUUCGAUGGGCAUAUUUUGUUGAAAAUGUAGUCCUUUGAUUCUGUAAUACAGAAUUGAAAAGCUGCACCUGAAGCUUCCCUUGUAUAGCCAGAAUUUGAUGCUUAGCAUUAGUAGUUUAAAAAAUGACCAAAAGAGGUCGAGGUCAUUGAGGUAUAUAGUAGCUAAUUAUAUAGCCAGAAACAUAAUGUAUAUGUAGGUGAUGCAGUGUUGAUACUGCAAAAAAACCUGGAAAAUCCAAACGGUGUAUCUAAUCGUUUCACUUUUGUUUGUGGGAUUUCAUGUGCAUGUGACUGUCCACAGCGUGACGGACUGAAGUACUUAGCUAUUUUGUGUUUCAUACGUUUUUAUAUUCGUCCUGUACAUAUCUUUUUUUUUACCAACUAUUUCAAACCUGUGAUCUAUUUUUUUAAAGUCGUUUUUUUAUGUUUUAUGUCUGUCUGUGUUUUAUUUGAAAACUCUGAACCUGUACUAAAUGGAGUUGCAAGACGUCCUUAAUUAUGUUUAUUUUAACUUGAAUUAUGAAUCGUUUACUGUGCUGUGACUGGAACACACAUCUUGUUAAGUAUAAAUGUUAAAAAAAAAAUAAUCACAAGCAUUCGGAUGCACAGUUGAAUUGAACUUUUCUACCUGUGUUCUGCAGCCUGGCAACAUUUAUAUAGCUUUACAAGUCAUGUUUUUAAGGCUUAUUUCACAAAAACAAACUAUACUGUCAGCUGCCUGUGGAAACAUUUCAGUUCAUUUUUCUCAGCAUCCCUAAAUUAGUCAAAGCUUUAUUUCUCUUUUGCCUAUUUUCAAAUGACGCUGUUUCCAGACAUCUCAACACUAUUUGGUAAAAGCUGCAGGAAAUGCAUCUGGAUUGUUGAAUAUUUUAGGGUCUUCCAUGCUGAUAUGAUGCAGUAAUGUUUACAUUCAGAGAAUGGGGUUACUUCCUUAGACAACUUACCACCAAAAAUCGAGUCUGUUCUUUUUUGCAGUUGUUUCUAUCAUGUUUGAGUCUCUCCAAAGAAUUGUGGAGUAAUUGUAAAUAUUAAAGCAAAUGUCGACUGAAUAAAUCUUUUUACUUAAUUUAA